AUGGCCGCUCAGCAGUCGACGAGCCGUCCCUUCAUAGCGCAGGAGUCGUGUACUGCUACUAUACCGAGAGGUACACCUGCCAAGCUCGAAUCUCUAUUCAGCAUCCGCUUCUGCUCAGAUGGUCAGACUUUCGACCUACAAAGAAUCUUCUUGGGAGGAGCGCUGUCUGUGAGUGAGAAGCAGCAGGCUGGGAAACGUGUUGAAUUUAUGAAAGGACAACAAUUCUACCUUGCUCUGCGCGCUGCAUCAGCUGCAAACAAGGUUCCGGAUUUCGCCCGUCGUAUUGGUGCGAAUGAGCCGAUCUUGAAGAUGGAUGAAGAGAUGUUGUCUUGGGAUCUAGCGACCAGGAAUGCGCCAAAUACAGCUACAAGGAUCUGUCGACUGAAGCUUUGCACAGAACCGCCCACAAUGGAGAUACUUGAUGCAUACCUUCGCCGUGCUCAACAUCGCCUUGCAACACCACUGAUCAAGGCUGCGGUGUCCUACUUGCAAAUGCGCUUGCCACAUUCCCAGAUACUGCAGCAUGCCCUUGAAUCAAAUGGUGUGGUAGCAAACGCUAUGUCCGCAUAUCACGCUAUCCGAAGGUCACAAAUGCUCAGCGGCCACGACCCCCCUCACGUAUACCUCAGUCCCCAAGGAAAUGCGCUCUCACUGUUGUCCAAUGAGUGGUCGUUGCUGUGCAGUCUUCAUAAGCUGAUGGAUGAAGCUGGCCACGUUUCGUCGGAAGCUGCCUUUCCAGUCUUCGCGGCUCUGGCCAUUCGACAGAGUCAGCUUCUUGAUCACGCUUGCUAUCGAGCUUUGGAUGGGCAAUACAGUGCAGCCAAUUUCUUCGUACACCAGGCUCGCGCGGCAGACGAGCUCCGCUCAUCCGUUUUCGGCACGACCUGGCCUUCUUGUGUAGAGAUUGUGUCCAAAGCUACCAGCGUGCAGCCAGAACUCGGUCUCAACCAAAUAUUGGAAGCUGCACGACGAUCGCUCGAGGGGCUCACCUUCAACGACUGGCUCAAGGACUCGCUCAGCUGCUGGCCGAGUCAAGCUAGAGAUGCCGUGAGCCAGAUCGCUCAGAUCUAG